AUGUCUGGAAAAAAUCAUAGCACGGUGACUGAGUUUAUCCUGCUGGGCUUGACAGACUCGAGGGAACUUCAGGUGAUCUUCUUUGUAAUAUUUCUGGCCAUUUAUACCCUCACUGUUGUGGGUAAUGUAGGGAUGAUUGUGCUUAUCAUAUUAGACUCUCGACUCCACACUCCCAUGUACUUCUUCCUGAGUAACUUGUCCUUUACUGAUGUAUGUUAUUCCUCCACAAUUGCUCCAAAGAUGUUGGCAGAUUUAAUGUCUAAAAAGAAAACCAUCUCUUUUGCUGGUUGCUUUUUGCAAAUGUAUGUCUUCAUUGCCUUGGCCACUACAGAGAGUAUCCUUUUUGGAUUAAUGGCCUACGACCGUUAUGUGGCAAUCUGUAACCCACUUCUCUACACUGUUACCAUGUCCAGGACCAUCUGUCUAAAGAUGGCUGCAGGGGCCUACACAGCAGGAUUACUUAAUUCGAUGAUUAACACAAGUUAUUUAAGUAGCUUGUCAUUUUGUGCCUCUAAUAUCAUUCAUCAUUUUUUCUGUGAUAGUCCCCCACUUUUAAAAAUUUCCUGCUCUGAUACACACAUGAAUGAAAACAUAAUUUCAUUGUGUGCUGGAGUAAAUAUGGUGGGCACAGUGCUCAUUAUCCUCACUUCAUACAUCUACAUACUUGUCUCCAUCAUGCGCAUGAACUCAAGGGAAGGAAGGCACAAAGCCUUCUCAACUUGUGCUUCUCACCUGACAGCCAUCAUUAUAUUCUAUUCAACUGCUAUCUUCACUUAUCUGAGACCUAGUUCUAGCUACUCCCUGAAUCAAGACAAAGUAGCCUCUGUGUUCUACACAAUGGUGAUCCCCAUGUUGAACCCUCUGAUCUAUAGCCUUAGAAACAAAGAAGUAAAAAAGGCCUUAAAGAAUGUGAUUAGGAGAAAAAGGAACUUUGCAUUCAUUUGACU